AUGGGUAUCUUAGGCGAUGUUAUUCAAAUGAAUGUCGGCCAAAUUCUGCAGACACCCACGGUACCUGCGGUGGACUUCACUGGGAAGACCGUCGUGAUUACAGGUGCCAACACUGGCCUUGGACUCGAAGCUGCCAAACAUAUCUACUCACUCAAUGCAUCCCAUCUGAUCCUGGCCUGUCGAGAUCUGACCAAAGGCGAACAUGCACGCACUCAGAUCAUUGAAGCUCGGAGACAGUCAGCGUCAGACCAAACUCAAACGGUUGAAGUCUGGCAGCUCGACAUGGCGAACUUCGGUUCUGUCAUCACGUUUGGCGAACGCCUGAAAAGUCUCGAAAAACUCCAUGCCUUGAUAGCAAACGCUGGCAUUGAUGUCGACCAUUGGGAAUUGUUCGAAGGGAUGGAAUCGACGUUGACUGUCAACGUGGUCUCGACAAUGCUGUUGGCAGUGUUGGCCAUUCCGCAGCUCCAAAAGACUGUUGCAGCAGAAAAGGAGUCGCAGCCUUCACAUCUCACCUUUACCGGGUCUGUCAUUCACAUCUUUGCCAAAGAUCAGUACUUGUCUCAGCCGAAAACUGGCAACAUCUUCCAGAGUCUCAACAACCCAGCGACCGCAGACAUGAGCGGCAGAUAUCUUCUGAGCAAGUUGAUAUUGCUGCUGUGCGUCCGUGGUCUGGCACAUCGACUUGAUCGCACAAAUCUUACCGUCAACUAUGUCAAUCCCGGUUGGUGCAAGACCGAGCUCUUUCGGACGCAUGAUGGCGGCUUCGGCGGACGACUUGGACUACGCCUCAUCGGUAGGACGGCCGAAGAAGGUAGUCGUACGCUCGUACACGGUAUAUCCGCUGGUUCCGAAUCUCAUGGAAAGUAUGUCAGUGAAUGUCGGAUCAAGCCAGAGUCGAGCUUUGUCAGAAGCGAAAGUUCUGCAGACAUACAAGAGAGAGUUUGGGCGGAGCUGGUGACGAUACUGGAGACCAUUCGCCCAGGAGCAACGAAAGAUUUGAUACAGUGA